CACUAAGGUUGGUUUUGCCAGGAGAAGCACGGACGGAAUUCUUGUACCUGUGAACCCUGUGAGUUUCUGCAUGUUAUGAGUGUGGCGUGGAAUUCCUGUCCUGACUAUAGAACUUCACAAUGAUUGGACUGACCCCCUAUCGCGUCCUCACCCUGGGUCUUGGCACAUUUGAAAACCUGAUAUUCAGCGGAGUGGUCUUUGGCUGGGCAUCAUUGGUCUUCAUUGUCAAGCAGGAAGGUUACUUCAGUCAUCUGUGCUCCACCACCAAUUCAUCGUCCAACUCCUCGACAGAGUUCCUCGGAGUGAGUGACCAACCAAUCAGUCAGAGUGGCCUUACACAAACACCCACUACCUCACCAUCAGCGGGUACCGGUGGAGAUUUUCCAUCCUGCCCUGAGCAAGAUGCAGAGCUCCAACUGGUGUUCACCAUUGCCACAUUUUGCUAUGAAUUUCUUCUUUUCCCCAUGGGCAUAGUGCUAGAUAAAGUUGGCACACUGGCCAUGAGACUGUUGUCCAGUCUAUUUAUCCUGACAGGUCUUCUCUUGAUAGCAUUCAGCUCCAUGGAAACAGCAUACCUCUUAUUUCCAGCCACAUCAUUUCUUACUAUUGGAGGAAUAGAACUCAUGUUCACAAACAUGCAGAUAUCGAGCCUUUUUGGGAGGCGGAAGUCAACGAUCAUGACAUUUCUGUCAGGAUGUCUGGAUUCCUCUGCCUUUGUCUUCAUCGUCGUCAAGCUUCUGUACGAAAACCUAGGUGUGCCACUUCAGACAUCAUUCUUCAUCUUGGCAGGCAUCUGUUUGGUCUUGUGCUUCAAUACCCUCUUGUUACCCAAGACAGGGCACAUUCCAUACCCCUUACCCCCUGGCUACAGACAGAAGAAACUGGAAUCAGACAGGGACGGGGCCGAAGCUGAGGGAGUGGACAACAUGGCAAUGAAUGAAAUGGAAGAACAGCUGUCAGGAAAAGCAGUAGAAUUGCAAGAAGUUAACGACAGCGAGCUCAAUGUUUCCUCUCCCCCUGAUAAAGUCAUCCUGUCAUCUCAGCUCAUCACGGAGGAAGUCAAGAGCACCCGUUAUCCCUCCUUACGUUCCUGCUUCCUCUCCUGGCCAGCACUGUGUCUCUUAAUCUGGUUCUCCUUGCUACAGCUCAACAUGUUCUUCUUCCUGGGCACAAUCAACCCUGGAUUGGAAAGACUGACCAAUAACGAUCAAACUGUCGGUAUGUUCAAGGGACGGUUUUACAAGUGGUUAACGGUGGGUAGAAAACAAAGUUCCUACACAACUGCUCUUGCCAUCUUCCAAGCUUGUUCAAUUGUAGUAGCACCACUUUGUGGGCUUCUUCUUGACAGAAACAGGACCAAAAAGACAAUGAAAGGUUCUAAGCGAGGGCCAUUUGACGAUCUGCUGGACAGUCGUAAUGUGUUUGUCUUCACAACAGUCCUGUAUAUUGCUUUGAAUGUCACUCUUGUCAUCGAUGUCAUUGAAGUCCGCUAUGCGUCCUUCUUACUUCACAUUAUCACAAGGUCCUUCAUGUACUCCCUGGUAGUCACAGGCUGUGCUCUUUUUUUCCCAAUCAAGUAUUUUGGAAGCACCACUGGACUUGUGGAAAGUGCUGCAUCAUUGAUUGGUUUACUACAGAGGCCCAUGUUUGCCAUCCAACAGGACUACCUGGACAACGACUCCUUCUGGAUUUUUAUUGGACUGAUCGUAUUGAAUGCAGUGACUUUCAUUUUGCCUGUCUACAUCCACAUGUAUGUGAAACGUUCAUCCAGAAGGUAUGCCGAGGAAAGAGGAAAAAGCCCAAAUGAAAAUGAAAAAGUAAAACCUAUUCAGGUAAAUUUAGAUCCAGAUUAAAUGCUUUCAGAUGAAGAUCAAUGGAUUUUGGACAGCAAGGGCAAUAACAUAUCAUUAUACAAGCACCGGAAUGCCUCGAAUCAUUUUAUACAUCCUAGUUAGACUGUAUUCAUGUGGCAGCCAUCUUGAAUUGAAAGUGAGGUUAACUUUUCAUUUGCGGAACCUGGGAGUAAAAAUUACAGUGACAAAAUAAAAUUUAUUACAAAUUUAUGGCAAGUUACAUUUAUAAUAAUUUCAAAUUUGUAUCUAAAUGUUUUAGGCUGCAUUAAACGAAACUAAAAGUGAAGUUCUGAACCCCAAAUAGUGUAACCCAGUACCCCAUUUGAGAUUACAUUGAAUAUGAUACAUUCAGGGAAGACAGUCUGAAAUAGUUUCUCCGCCAAUAAGGUCAGUUGUGCUGCAUGUUCAGCAUACAUGCAUGUUGCCACAAAAGCUCACAUGAGCAGAGACGGAUCUAGCUUUCAGGAAACGGGGUUGACGGACGUAUUGAAGGGAUGCCAUGCUAAAUCCGGAAAUCAACGUAAUUGUUUAACUAUAGAUGAUUAGAUGGACGGUGCAGUCCUCAUCCAGGAUUUCUUUUUUUGGGGGGAGGCCUACUCAUGUUUGGGUAGGCCUACUCGUGUUUGGGUAGGCCUACUCGUGUUUGGGUAGGCCUACUCGUGUUUGGGGAGGCCUACUCGUGUUUGGGUAGGCCUACUCGUGUUUGGGGAGGCCUACUCGUGUUUGGGUAGGCCUACUUGUGUUUGGGGAGGCCUACUCGUGUUUGGGGAGGCCUACUCGUGUUUGGGUAGGCCUACUCGUGUUUGGGUAGGCCUACUCGUUUUCUGUCAUGUCACUGGUAGUUCCAUUUAGUCCAUGGCUGAAUGGGAGGGGGGGUUGCAGAUCUGCCUCUCUGAGCCAGUAUCAUCUGUAUAUCCCCCCCCUCGAUUGGAUUCCUUGCCUGUUCACAGGUGUGAAACCUUUUUGUGUUUAUUCCACCUGUUGGAGGUCCACAUUGUGAAGUUAGGCAUUCUGUUCAGUAGUCAAGCCUUUUUUGGUUUUGAAUUUUACAGGUAUUUACCUCACUGUGUGGUGGUCUUGUGAUUAAGGCCCACAAAUCACAGCCUAGCAAUACAUUUAUUGGCCCAGUGGUCCAGGCAUGAUUUUUCUGUACAAUUGCAGCAGUGUAGUUUUUUCAUAAAUUAGACCUUAUUAUCUACAAAUUAUUCAUUAAGUUUUGUGAAGAAGAAUUUUUGCAAGCGUAAAUUUUUGAAUGAAAGGUUCAAGCAAGUUUUUUGUACAAGCAUGUGCACGACAUAACUUUAGAAACAGCUCUUGAAAAAAUACAGUACACUUUAUUACACUUUGUUACUGCACUGCACUUUUGUCAGUUUUCAGUAAGUUUGUCAGGUUGUCAUUACUGGUUCUGCUGUCCUGUUGUUUUUCUCAAAAUUUGACCUCUGCCUAGGUAAUCAGACAGGACUGGUACCCAGAACCCCCUGCCUGGUGUUACAACAGUCCAAAACAAUCUAAAAAUCUCAGCUCCUCCUACAAGAAUGGUGUAGACAUGGUGUAGAUUACAGUGGAGAAGCAAAAAGGAGAGCUUGUCAUGAAGAAGUGUUAAGGCAGGUGGGGUGCUAGGUACUGUGGGACAGUACAUCCUUAGCCCCUUGGUAGAGAUAGUUCACAUGCAGUUACACUCUAUGGUUAAGAUCAUGGAGGAAGAACACAUUAGCAGUUACAACUCUGGCACAUCAAAGUGCUCGAUGAUCAUUGCUGCCCAGUCAGA